CUUUCUUUGUAGAAUCUAUCGCGCAGAGCCGGAUGCCACAGUGUGCUCCCGGCAGUACUUCAGCUUUAAGAGAAGCGGUGGAGGACAGCGCCAUUCCGCUGGAGACCGUCGCAGUUACACAGUGCAGCCAACACCUCACACCCGUUUCCUCCAGGAGGGCAUUCUUCCAUCGGAGGAAAUCCAAGCAGAGUGCCCUAGAGCACAGGAAGGUCCUCGGACUUUCACUUGGAAUCAACGUGGUUCUGGUGUCUAUCCUCUGUGUCAUGGCCAUCGCCUGGGGAACAGAGAAGGAAACAGUUUCCGUGGAUAUUUGUCGAACCAAGGAUUGUCUAGAAUCAGCGCACCGCUUAAUAUCUGCUGUAGACGAAGAGGUUGACCCCUGUGAAGACUUCUACCAGUUCGCAUGUGGCAACUGGAUGCGUGGACAUAUUCCGGACGAAAGGGAAAUGAUAGCCUCACAAUUCUCGCAAGCAAAGAAGAAAAUCAGGACAGAGGUCCAAGAUAUCUUGGAGAGCAGAGGUGAACCUGACGAUUCGCUCCCAGUUCAGCAGGUAAGGGAGCUGUACAAGGCGUGCACAGCAACAGAUGCCAUUGAAAGUCUGGGAGUGAGCCCUUUAAUUGAUGCACUUGAAAUGCUGGGCUUGCCAGGAUCACUCCCAUCUUCCAACACGACGGAGAAUUUCAAUUUGACGAAGACUUUGGCCAUGAUACAGUAUCAUCUAACAAUAAGCGACCUCAUAGUCACCGUGGGUUUCGGAGUUCAUCCCCAGAACGAGUCUCGCAAGACGUUGCUACUCUACCCACCUCGCGGACCGAGAGUGUUUAUUGGCCUCCACGGCGAGUCCGUCGUGGGACCCGACCCUCAGGAUUUCAUGAAGCGCAAGAAGAGGUCCGCUUCAAACUUCGUGGAAGACGAGCUGCGCUACCGUAGCACAGCCAUCGAGACCUUUGAAACUUUGCGGGACGGCAAACAACGGAUAGAAGUCUCGGAACUGCGGGCAGCCGCCAUGAAAACCCUGGUGCUGGAGGCCGAGAUCAGCAGGAAACAAGACCUGUCUGGCUUAUAUAGAAUAAUGACGCUUUCAGAGCUGCAAAAUGAAACGGUUCGACAUCUGCAGUUCCUAAAUUCAGAGGACAUCCGCAACCAGAUAGAUUGGGAGUUGUUCGUACGGACAUUGCUCAAGGACGUGGGGGUUGUGCGUGAGGAGUUUUGGAAUCCCUUACUGGUGAAAGACUCAAAGUACUUCCAACAACUGGCUACCAUACUCGCCAAAACCAAGACAGAGUCAAUACAAAGACUAAUAUGGUGGAAAGUUGUGGAACAUCUGAUGGUGUUUUCCACGCAAGCAUUGAGGAGAUUGCGGUAUAUGAAAGCCGGAGACUACAGGAUCGUAUCCAGGACAGAUGAGUGUUUGCAGGUAAUAGACAAAACGAUGCCUAUGGCAGUGGCCUACAAGAUUGCUACUCAGCCUAAAAUGAACCAUACCAGACAGAGGGUGGGGGAGAUGAUGUCAGAUGUCCGGGCUGCCUUCAUGUCAUUAGUUCGUAAAGCGAAAUGGAUGGACAAGGAGACGACGAACCACGCCCUCAGCAAAGUCCGAGCCAUGCGUCUCGUAAUUGCCUACCCGGACUUCUUCGUGGCACGAGGCUAUAUCGAGGACCAGUACAAAGGCGUGACAAUCAGGAGAGGCGAGUACUUGAAGAGUGUCCUGAGUGUUUUCACCGCAGAAGCGAACAGAGUUCUGGGAAGUCUUGAUUCAGCCAUUGAUUUCAGUUUCAAAGAGGAACAGAAUUAG